AUGACUACUAUAGAAGAAAUUAGAGAUAAUGCAAAAAAUGAUUAUGUAAAGGCUAAACAAAGGAUAGAGAAGAGUAGGCUUUUACAAGAAAUUCAUAGUAUUCUUUCUAAAAAAGCUCAAGAAUCAGAGAAUGCUAGAAAAUUAGAUGAAAGAAUUACUGUAAAUAGUGAACUAUAG